AAUCAGGAGCUGAUCCAGUUUGCAUGAAGUCGGUGGUGAGACCACAUUCCGCAUAUGCGCAUUGCCAGCCCUCUCUGGCAGGCCGACGGAACACUGAAUGCCACUCCAGAGUGCAUCUCUCCCACGACAAAUGGAUGUAGAACCGCAGCAGAGGGAUAUCACUGCGCAUUUGUAAGCACAAGGCUAAUCACGAAAUCAACGCCUUUCAAAAACUUUUUUAUUUUUCCUGAUCCCCUUGAACCCCUUCUAACUCCACGGCUCUUCCCAAUUCACUCGCUCUUCUCUACUAGGCCUGAAUUGCACUUUUAUAUUUCUAGUUCAACUACCAAGCGCAUACACAGACAUGGCACCAAGAUCAAAGGUCAGCUCUUCGCUAGGCAGGUCGAUUAUCCGCAAGCGCUUCGAGGGCAAGCGCCGGCCAACAGACAACGACACCGAGCUGCACACGACCGAACUCGACGACGGGCCCUCGUGGACAAAGCUGCAGUCGAUCACCCAGCAAGGCGAUCUAGACGAGUUCCUGCACACGGCCGAGCUGGCCGGCACCGAAUUCACCGCCGAGCGCAUGAACGUCAAGAUCAUCUCCAGCCAGAACCUGACCUCCGCCCACAACCCGUUCCUUUUGACUGCUGCCGAGGAGGCUGCCACCCUGGCCAAGCACCGGGAAAACACAAACCGCCUCCGGAUCCCGCGGCGCCCGGCCUGGGACGAGACCACGUCGCCGGCCGAGCUGCACCGCAAUGAGCGCCAGGGGUUCAUGGACUGGCGCCGCGAGCUUGCACACAUGCAGGAGGACGAGGGGCUGCUGCUGACUCCGUUCGAGCGCAACCUGGAGGUUUGGCGGCAGCUCUGGCGCGUGCUCGAGCGCUCCCACCUGGUCGUUCAGAUCGUCGACGCACGCAAUCCAUUGCUCUUCCGCAGCCAGGACCUCGAAAUGUAUGUGCGUGAACUGGACCCGCGCAAAAAGACGCUGCUGCUGAUCAACAAGGCGGACAUGCUGACCGACCGCCAGCGCACAAUCUGGGCCGACUACUUUGAAGAGCACGGCAUCCGCUACGUCUUCUUCUCCGCCAAGGAGUCGAACGAGAGUCUCGAGAAGGAGCGCGAGCUGCAGGAGGCGGCAGAGCUGGCGCGCGAGCUGGCACAGCACACCCUGGGCGAGGAUGAUGCGGGCGAUAUGGAGGCGAUUGAGCGCGCGCGUGCCGAGUCCCGCCGCAAAAAGUACAACAAAAAGGAGGCCACCGACGAGGUCGACGAGUUUGAGACCGAGAUCAAGCACGUGGACCUGUCGCAGAUGGACCUGCGCACGCGCGUCCUGUGCCCGGCGCUGGCCGACGAACACUCCCACGGCAAGCUGAUGAUCGGCCUGGUCGGCUACCCGAACGUCGGCAAGUCCUCGACUAUCAACGCUCUGGUCGGGUCCAAAAAGGUCAAUGUCGGCGCCAUGCCGGGCAAGACCAAGCACUUCCAGACCAUCCAUUUGACCAGCGACGUCGUUCUCUGCGACUGCCCCGGUCUCGUCUUCCCCACCUUCGCCACCACCGCCGCCGACAUGGUCUGCAACGGCGUCCUGCCCAUCGACCAGCUCCGCGAGUUCUCUGGCCCUAGCGCUCUUGUCGCCCGCCGCAUCCCGAAGCUCGUCCUCGAGGCCGUCUACGGUAUUGAAAUCAGGACCAGGCACGAGGAAGAGGGCGGCGACGGAAUCCCGACCAGCGAGGAGCUACUCUCGGCCUACGCAGCCGCCCGCGGAAUGUUCAAGGGUGGCGAGGGCAACCCGGACGAGUCACGAGCGGCCCGCGUCAUCCUCAAGGACUACGUCAACGGCAAGCUGGUGUUCUGCUCCUCACCUCCCUCGCACCCCGACGCGAGCGACUUCAACAAGGAGCACUAUCUGCCCGAGAACGUCGCCAAGAUGACCCGCCAUCUGGUCGAUACUGCGCUGCCCGAUGGCUCGCACGCGUACGCCGUCAAGCACGCCGCCAGCGACCGCAACAACGUCAAAAAGGCCAUUGCCACCAGCGGCUCGGUCAAGGUCGAGCACAUGGACCGCCAGUUCUUCAGCACCGGCAACGCCGGUGCCACCAACGCCAGGCGCCGCGCGAUGCAGCACCAGGUCAAGCAGGGCGACGGCUACGCCCAGAUGCACAUGGGUGCUAUCGCCCACGCCAGCGUCAACGACCGCGGCGAGGCCCUGAGCAUCUCGGGCGUCCAGCAGGCCAGGAUUGCUGGCGCCGCAUACAAGGGCAAUGCUGCCAAAAAGCAGCACAAGAAGAAGAAGGCUGGCAAGCAGCGGUCCGGCCAGGGUGUCUAUGAAUACUGAAUACAUGUCUCUGCCUUUUUUGAUUGGCUGAUUACGGCGUGGGGUGCCCGAUUGGAUUUUUUUGAGGAAAAAAUGCUGGAGCUGGCCCCGACAGUGAUUGGCCGUGUCGGUGGAGAGGGAGGAGCGGUGAGAACAGAAAAAUGAAAUCCAAGCGCUCGCAAUUCGCCUUAAUCCUCCACGCCGGGUUUUGAAUUUUC